AAGUUGAGCUGAUCAAACGGACUAAUCCACGUUUCCGAUUUUCGUUUCUUGAAUUUUGAGUUAUGGAAACGGGAGAAAAGCAUCUGUAGUAUUGUUCGUAUGAGUUCCAUGUUGUCGUUGCUGCUUUCCUUGAAUAUGAAUUGGAAACAGACACUUUCUUUAUAUCCAUGGCUAGCAAGCUUAAGUGAAUGAAACGAAGCAGGGGAAUUUUCUUUUCCCUCUGUUGAACUUGUUGCAUAUUGCUCCAAGCUACAGCAGAGCUUCUGGGGUGUCCUGAAAAUCUACAAUGGCUAAGAGUGAUGCCGAAGAUCCACUACUGGAAAACUCUAUAGAAUCUUCUCGUUUUUCUGCUCGAAACACUUCCUUCAUGAAAAGAAGAUACAGCCGUUGCAAGAGUGUUCCCGGGUACGUGGGUAAUCCUGACCAGAACAAUGCUGCACCCCAUCAGCACCCAGAGACGAUUUUUGCAAAUAAACUCGAUUUCAAGCUAGUAUUCCUGAUCUUGCUAGCAUAUGUAAGCUUAGGAGCCUGUUGCUUCUUUCUUGUUAGGUAUCAGAUCAAGGGCAACAAGACAAAUGGAUUCAUUGAUGCCAUUUAUUUCUGUAUUGUAACGAUGACGACAGUAGGAUAUGGGGAUCUCGUGCCCGACAGCACCACGGCAAAAUUGCUCGCUUGCAUUUUUGUGUUCAUGGGCAUGGCUCUCAUCGGCCUGCUCCUGAGCAAAGCAGCUGAUAGCAUAUUGGAAAAUCAGGAAGCCUUUCUGGUUAGGGCGAUACACAUGCGUGAAAAAAGCAGCCCUGCUGAGAUACUAAAGGAGGUGGAAACUAACAGGUGCAAGUACAAAUUCUAUACUGUCCUGAUUUCUCUUCUGAUUCUCAUGGUUGUGGGGACAUUAAUUUUGUAUCAUAAUGAGAGUUUGGAUCUCUUUGAUGCCUUCUACUGCGUUUGUGCUACUAUCACUACUCUUGGGUAUGGGGACAAGAGCUUUUCGACGCUUGGGGGCCGUAUUUUUGCUACUUUCUGGAUAUUGAUAAGCACGAUCUGCUUGGCUCAGUUCUUUUACUGCCUGGCUGAACUCUACACCGAAAGACGACGAAAAUCACUGGUAAAAUGGGUUCUGACAAGGAAGUUAACCGCUUCGGAUCUUGAGGCGGCAGAUUUGGAUAAUGAUAAUGUUGUAAGCGCGGCAGAGUUUGUUGUUUAUAAGCUCAAGGAGAUGGGGAAAAUCACUGAGGAAGACAUUACAAUGGUGAUGGAGUGGUUUAAGGUUCUUGAUGUUGAUCAAUCAGGCACACUAACAAAAGCUGAUCUGGUGAAUUCCGGAUCGGCAACACUUGGAAAGUAGAUUCUGUUUAGUUUUUUCUUGUCCUUUCAGUGUAAGAAUUAUAGCAUUAACUAGGAUCAUAAGAUGGUCAGAGGCUUCUGUGUGACAUAGUUCAAGAAAUCUGUUUUAUACAAUUAGAAGAAGCAGCAUAAUCACUCGCAUGUACACGCAGAGACGGGUUUUCCUGCCAGAUUCAUGAGCUUUUGGCUGAAACUGCUCCUACUAACCAAGCAAGCCGAGGUGGCAGGGGAGGAACUGUAAUAUGUGUACCAUAUUUAGUCAGACUUGAACCAAUUAUGUAAUGAAUACAAUAUAUUUUUGGAAA